UGAUGUGAGCAUGUUCGUUUCAUAAUAAAAAUGUUGCCAGGUAACCAAAAAGUCGUAUGUUUUUGUGCGAAUUACGAUCAUAAUCUUUACGAUCGUACAUUAAAAAAUAGACAAAUAAUAGUAUGAGUACGAUUUAAAUCGUAUAUCUGUCAACCCUGCUAGCAAGACAGCGACAAAAUCACGUUGCAUAACAAUGUAGCCCAAGCUUAUAUCUUAUGAAAUAUACGGAAGAGAUACGGACUUAGAAAAAACAGAAAUGUUGUUCUUUGUGGAAGUCAUUGAUGAAAUUCUAUGUAUUUUAGCCCGCAAACUUUCUUCAAACAAAAACAGCGCCAUCUAGUAUCGAGUUCUGUAAUUAUCUCUUUGUUUAUGGAUUUGAAGUAAGACCGCCACGCUUGCAAUACAUUAUGACUGGGGAUUCCCCUAUUCGUCGACGCUGAAUAUGAGGCGACGACAAUCACUGUCAAACGUGUUCACUAUUACUCUGACUCUGGUAACGUGACUUCCUGGUAACGUGUUAGGUAGGAAAAGCAGUAAAAAAGUGCAUAUUAAGGGAGCAGAUUUGAAAUAAUAUUUAUACUUAACAAGAAAUAAUUAAAGGUUCAAUGGGGAGACCUAAAGAUUUACGCAUAUGGGAGCACUACCGUACUUUACCAAACAAGUCUGUUUCUUGCAAGCUUUGUAAUAAGGUCUACAAAUUCAGUAAUGCUGCCAAAAUGCUUCAACAUCUUAUCACUUGUCCAAAAUCUCCAGAAACAUUAAAAGACUCUAUGAAACUUAUAAAAGAUAGCUCGUCCAAAACCAAAAUGUCUGGACUGUCAGAGAUAGAGACAAAUGAUUCUUUUAUAAGCCCCUCGUCGUCUGCUAACACUACAAUAAAUGCUGAGUUUCAAGACACCGAUGAUCAUUUAAAACAGAAUUAGCGAGAGCUAUAUUUGUAACAGGGACGCCAUUAUCGAUGGUGCAACAUCCUUUAUGGAUACAAUUUUUCGAAAAAUUGCAACCAAAAUUUAAAAUACCUUCACGUAAAGCUUUAGCGACAAAAUACUUAGAUAAAAUAUAUAGAGAAAUGCGUUUUGAGUUAAAUGAGGAACUAAAUGCUUGUAGUUACUUACACCUUCAGUGCGAUGGCUGGUCUAAUUUAAGAAAUGAAGGAAUAAUAAACUUUCUUAUAUCAAAACCUCAACCUGCAUACGUUAAAAGUUUGAAUACAGAAAGUAAUCCUCACACUAGUGAAUACCUUAGCCAAGAAGUUGAAAAAGUAAUGAAAGUGUAUGGAGCAAAUAAGUUUCUUGUACUUAUUGGCGAUAACGCUAGAAAUAUACAAAAGGCAUUCGAAUUAACAAAACUCAAAUAUCCACAUGUUGUUCCUCUCGGUUGCUGUGCACAUAUCCUUAACUUGUUGUGCCAAGAUAUUGUAAAGAUACAAGAAGUAACUGUGUUUAUUAUGCAAGCCAUAAAUAUAAUAAAAACUGUUAAAAGGAGUCAACGAUUAAGUUCCUUGUUGAUAAAAUCAAGGCAGGGUGAAGAUUCUACACAAACACUAAAAUUGCCUUGUGCUACAAGAUGGGGAAGUCAUGUUACUUCGUUAAAAAGUUUGAAAGCAAAUAAGAUAGCUUUGCAAAUAUUAACAGUUAGAGAAGAUGUGGUAAUUUCAAGAGAUAUUAAAGAUUUAAUUCUAAGUGAUGAUUUCUGGACGAAGACAGGGGAAUGUAUAAGUAUUUUGGAACCAGUCACUGAAAGCAUAUUUUACUUAGAGAGCGACCAGAAUCGUUUGCAUCGCACAUACAUUACAUUUAGAGAUGUACAAGCUAAGAUACGUUUUGCAUUAAAUGAGAUUUCGACAUUGAGCGAAGAAAGCAAACAGCAGAUUCUAACAUCAGUAUCUUCAAGAUGCAAUAUGGCAAUGAGGCCAAUACAUUUUGCAGCAUAUAUUCUAGACCCCAGGACUCUAGGAGUCGAACUUACUCAAGAGGAAGAACUUAAGGGUAUGGAGUUUAUCUACAAUUUAAGCCAACACUUAAGUUUGUCAAAUGUAAUGGCAGAUUUGGCGUGUUAUAAAGCUAAAGAAAACUUUUGGGCCAGAGGAUUUGUAUGGAGCUCAUUAGAUAGCAUUGAGCCCCUAAUAUGGUGGAAAGGUAUUUGUGGUUCCACUGAGUUAAGCAAAGUAGCGAUUCGUAUUCUAUCAGCUCCCUGUACUUCGGCAGCCACUGAGCGUUCCUUUAGUAUCCAAGGCUACAUACAUAAUAACAAAAGAAAUCGACUUACAACUGAAAGAACUGAAAAAAUUUCAUUCAUUUGUUAUAACUGGAAUCUUAAACAUAAAGCUGAAUGCGAGGACAUUCAGUUUAAUGAAGAAAAUACCUUAGAAGCUUUCAUUGAGCAAGUAAAUGAACAUAACAGUUUAGACGAAAUAGAGCCUAUCGAACCUAUACAAUUCAUCGCUUGUAAUAACUCUGAAUCUGACAGUGAUUGACUGUAGUUUUACAUUUUACUUUCAUCUCUUUCUUAAUAAACUCAAAAUCAAAUUAAAAGUUUUUUAUUCUGUAGGCUGCAUAAUAAUAUUGUCUAUGUCCAGUAUAGUGGACGUCUUGCGGCUGAGAUGACGAUGAUGAAGUACAAAAUCAUAAACACCCAAAAAUUUGGGUGUUUAUGGGGUUUAAACCCAAUAAACCCAAAACACCCGGUUUUACCCACCAGACUUUAAACCCACCCAGGUGGAUUGCCCAUCUCUAGCGGUAAUGAAUAAAAAUGACUAUUCAAAAAUGCUUAAAUCUAGUUUAAUAAAAAUGUUUCUUUUUUUUUAUUAAUUGUUUCUUUCGUUCUUCUUUCUUUUUUUCAUUCAUUAUUUCUUUCACGUCACCAACCAACUUUCUACUCUAGCUUCUUGCCACUACGAGUAUGCAAUGAACAGUAUACGCCAUUAUGUCGAUCUAGGACUUUUCUUGUCCGGCCAUCUUUAUUUUUCUUGAAUUUAUAUAACGAGUUAUAAGAGGCGGUACCCUAAAAACAUUCUUUUGUAUUACAAUACGAUUAUUAUCUUUGUUCUUAUUGCGAAGAUUUCAUAUUAUUUCGUAGAAUAACAUUU